AUGUCGUUGAGAAGCCUAGUCCGUGAGCUCAAGGAGAUGAGAGAUGGAAUAGGAAGCACAUCAAAGCGGGGUUCAGAAAGAAAGCAUCGGCUCAGUCGGACAAAGUCACAUAUUGCUCCAGAUGUUGUUGCAAGUACAUUUGAAUUUAUUCAACAGGGACAAUGGGCAAACCUACCACAUGAAUUGCUCUUUGACAUAAUCCUAAGGGUUGAAGAGAGUGAAACAUCUUGGCCUGACCGAGCUGUUGUUGUUUUCUGUGCUUCUGUAUGUAAAUCAUGGAGAUCUAUUACGAAGGAGAUAGUCAAGACUCCUGAACAAUGUGGAAGGAUCACAUUUCCUAUUUCAUUGAAGCAGCCUGGUCCACGUGAUUCUCCAAUACAGUGCUUUAUCCGGAGGAACAAAGAAAGUUCUACCUAUAUACUGUACUUUGGUCUGGUUCCAUCAGAGAAUGAGAAUAACAAGUUCUUAUUAGCGGCCAAGAGGAUAAGAAGGGCAACUGGCACUGAUUUUGUCAUAUCUUUGGCCACAGAUGAUUUUUCUCGAGCCAGCAAUAAAUAUGUUGGUAAACUGAGGUCUAAUUUUUUGGGUACCAAGUUCACCAUAUACGACAGUCAACCUCCCCACGAUGUUGCAAUUCAACCAAAUUGUCAAUCUAGUAGGAGAUUUCAUUCUAAACAGGUGUCACCAAGAGUGCCAGCAUGUAGCUAUCUUGUUAGCACUGUUUCCUACGAGCUGAAUGUCCUUUGCACUAGAGGGCCAAGAAGAAUGCAUUGCGUCAUGAACUCUAUACCCGUCUCGGCAAUUCAGGAAGGGGGCAAUGCCCCAACUCCAACAUCUUUCUCGCAAAUAUAUGAUGAACCUUUUUCUCCAUCACCGGUGGUGAAAGAAAAAGUUCCAGUCCCCCAUUUAGACCCUUCAAGCUUAUUAGAGCCACCAGUUUCGGACCAAGGCUCAACUGAGCAAUUAGUACUGAAAAACAAGGCUCCCAGAUGGCAUGAACAGCUACAGUGCUGGUGCCUAAACUUCAAGGGUCGCGUGUCAGUGGCUUCUGUUAAGAACUUUCAGCUUGUAGCUGCUGUUGAUCCAUCUCAUAAUAUUUCUGCUGAGGAGCAAGACAAGGUAAUCCUGCAGUUUGGAAAGAUUGGAAAAGACAUAUUCACCAUGGAUUACCGUUAUCCCCUCUCUACCUUCCAAGCCUUUGCCAUCUGCUUGAGUAGCUUCGACACUAAACCAGCCUGUGAAUGA